AUGGCAGGGUUUAGUGAACGCUUCAUCCCGAACUUUGCAAGUAUUGUCCACCCUCUACGGCAAAAGCUCAAAGAAAAUGUCUGGGCCUGGGACGGAAAGUGCCAAGAAGCAUUCGUAAAGUUGCAAGCCUCGCUAAGUGAUUUCUCAUUAUUGCACCAUUACGUCAUCGGACAUGACACCGAAGUAGUAGUAGACGCCAGCAAGACGGGGCUAGGAGCAGUUCUUGUCCAGCGGGCAUCAAAGAAUGAGGCCUUCCACCCAGUUAUGUACAAGUCGAGGGCACUGAAAGAAGUGGAAACUAGAUAUUGCUCGACGGAACGAGAAGCACUGGCCGUACGCUGGGCAUGCCGGAAGCUAAGGAAGUACCUGCUUGGUGCACCAAAAUUCCGUAUUGUUACCGACCACCGCCCAUUGACCUACAUGUUCCACAAACGGUGCGGAGAACUACCUCCAAGAGUUGAGAACUUUGUUAUGGACGUGCAAGAGUUCGAGUAUGAAGUUGUUUACCGCCCAGGGAAAACAUGCAUUGCUGACUACAUGUCGCGCCAUCAUGUCGAGAGAGAAGGAUCAAGCCGAGUGUCCGAGAUCGAAGCAGCAGCUGAAAGCGUUGUCGAGGGAUGGUACUGCCACGCCCUGAAUGAACAAAGGGCAGUGACGGUAGAUGACAUUAGAACUGAAGGGGAUAAAUGCGAGUCUUACCAGAAACUGGUUAAAGCAGUUCAAUCAGGAACUAACCAGGAAGAUGAAGAAUUAAAACCUUUUAUGGUUCCAGAAAUCAAACACGACUUGAGCGUGGUCAAUGGUGUGGUGUGUCGAGGAUCACGUGUUGUCAUUCCCGCUGCCCUACAAAGACGGGUUGUGGAAUUGAGUCACCGAGCACACCAAGGAGUCAGCAAAGCAAAACAGUUCUUACGAACAUUCUGCUGGUUCCCCGGGAUGGAUAGGGCUGUCGAAAACCAGGUACGAGGUUGUCUACCUUGCCAAGCUGUCCAACCAGCCAACAAUAACCAGCCAAUCAAACCAUCGGAGUUACCAACCGGACCGUGGCAGUAUGUGGAAAUGGACUUCCAAGGCCCAUAUCCCAAUGGGGAGUACAUAUUCAUCAUGAUCGAUCGCUACAGUCGAUGGCCCGAGAUGGCAUGGUUUCGAAAAGCGCCUAAUGCAAACACCACAAUCGCAGCCAUGCAGAGAAUAUUCACCAACAAAGGUGUUCCAGCAGUGUGUCAGUCGGACAACGGAUCACCGUUCCAAUCAAGAGAAAUGGAACAGUUCGCCCAAAGCAGCGGAUACCACCAUCAUCACAUUACCCCUGAGUGGCCCAGAGCGAAUGGGACAGUUGAACGCUUCAAUCGGAGCAUGAAGGAAGCUCUGCAAACAGCAACCCUGGAAGGGACUCCCCUGAGAGAUGCAUCCCAAAGAUUUUUACAGAUGUACCGAUCCACCCCGCACAGCGCGACCAACGUCAGCCCACAUGCUGCAAUGCAUGGCGGGAGAGAAAUGCGGACAGUACUGCCACUUAUGACACCGAUCGACCAGGUUGUAGAUCGGACACGAGACCAGGAAUACAAAGGCAAGAUGAGAAACGGGCUUUCACCGCACAAACUUCGCGUAGGAGACACUGUUAUCGUGAAGCAGACGAAAGCCAAUAAGUUGACAACCACGUUCAAUCCUACCCCUUUGAGAAUCACGGAGGUUCAAGGCUCGAGAAUUACUGCACAGGAGAUUAACGGAAGCUGGACGGUUACGAGGGACGCGUCUUACUUCCGGAAGAUUCAGACCGACGCACUUGCAGACAACGAAGAUGAGGACGACGCGUCAGGCGAGAGUGAGGGAGAGACGGAGAAUAGAAAUGCGGGUAAUGAUACGUUGCAGGGGGAACAAAAACAACAAGAGACGCCGAACAAGAACGCCGAGCAAGCGCAGAGACCACGACGAACAACCCGAAUGCCUACUUAUUUGAAAGACUAUGACAUUUAA